UCUUGUUUUUUUUUUUAAAGAAAGUUGUGGUGUUUUAUAUAUCAGUAUUUAUUUUUAAUUGGUUGGUGCCGUUGUUCCAAUGAUAAGGAGGUCGGUCUUUGUUUGAAUCAAAUAUAAUCUCUUGGGAUUGGCAUUUGUCUCCGGGUGGGCAGGAACAUGAACCCCAUGGAUUGUCUCAUCGCGACUUGUGUGAUGUUUCUGCUCUGAUCCUCUUUCCCGAUUUGCUUCCCACUACGACUCCCAUCAUUCCUUUUGAUUCUCAGUCCUCUUCCUUCCUUUCAGGAAAGUCUAGCGAACUGUCGAUACUCGAUACUGACUCCACCGCGAAGGGAUCGGAAAAUCUGUCUCUAAUUUGUAAUCGCAAUCUCUUGCUGCUAAUGUCAUGAUGUACCCGAACCAAGCUUUUUCUUCUGGGUCCUACGCGGAGAUGUUGUCUGGAAAUUCCCUUUUACCUCAUAACUUUACAGAAACUGUAGGAAGCCAAAAUGAGGUGAAGUUCAUCACAAGCGUAGGUGACACUGUGGCCAUGCAAUCUAUUGAUGGGCAUUCCAACACUGCAGCAGGUGAUCCAUCUUUCUCAAGGACGCCACUGGGGCUCGUUGACAGCGAACAGAACAUACAGAGCCAGGGCUUGUCUCUUAGCCUUGGCACGCUUAUGCCUGUUCCUCCCUUCCAAUACCACUAUCCCUCCACCGGCUUUUCGUCAUUUGUGACUCCAAGUCUUCCAAACUUUAAGGGCACUGUUUCUCUUAAAGAUGACGAAGGUGCUGAAUGCAUGGCACCUGUGUCUUCUGGAGGUUUUAACAACUCCAUCCAAAAGGAGGCUUUGUACCAUCCGCACUUCUCACUCUACCACAAGGAAGUCCCCAAUGAUCCGUCGUGUCUGCAUGGGACCCAAGGUUUUUCGAACGCUGCCUUAAACUCUCAAUACCUUAAAGCAGCACAGGAAUUGCUUGAUGAAAUUGUUAAUGUACGAAAGGCUUUAAAGCAACCUGGACUGGAAAAGCACAAAGGUUCCCGUGACAUUGGAUUAGAUGGCUCCAAAGAAUCUGAUGAAAAGUCUACCAGUCAGUCUAUGCAGAAGCAGGACCCUAAUGCUUCAUCUGCCAAUGCCUCAUCUGAAUUGUCACCCGCAGAACGGCAGAGUUUGUUGGAUAAGAAGGCGAAGCUUUUGUCCAUGUUAGACGAGGUAGAUAAAAGAUACCGGCAAUACUGCCAUCAGAUGCAAAUGGUGGUCUCAUCUUUUGAUAUGGUUGCUGGUUGUGGGGCGGCUGAACCAUACACUGCACUUGCUUUGCGAACAAUUUCUCGCCAUUUUCGUUGUUUGCGUGAUGCUAUUAGUGGCCAAAUCCAAGUGACUCAGAGGAGCCUUGGAGAACAAGAGGGGAUACCUCGUCUCCGCUAUGUUGAUCAGCAGCUGAGGCAACAAAAGGCCCUCCAGCAGCUUGGCGUGAUGCGACAAGCUUGGAGGCCCCAGAGGGGACUUCCUGAAAGUUCUGUUUCGAUACUUCGUGCUUGGCUCUUUGAGCAUUUCCUUCAUCCUUACCCAAAAGAUUCGGAGAAAAUUAUGCUGGCAAGGCAAACUGGCCUGACCAGGAACCAGGUGGCAAACUGGUUCAUCAAUGCAAGGGUGCGUCUUUGGAAGCCAAUGGUUGAGGAAAUGUACAAAGAAGAGUUUGGUGAUUCUGAGAUGGCAAGCUGCAAUCUCUCAUCUGAAAGUACCCCACAAGGUCCAAGAGAUAAUAAAGGGGAAGAAUCGCAGGGCAAUGUUAAAGCUGCUAAUAAUGUCCCACAGGGGCAGCUUCAUGAGUUGAAGCUAGACCAGAGCUCUGCUACAGAAUUUGAUACUGCCCAUGGAGAAGCUGUCAUGCAUUCUAAAAUUAUGAAAUUGCAGGGUGAGCAAAGGCUUAAUAUGAACAAUAACUUUUAUUCGGGCGGACCUAUGCCAACCAACCACAACGGUGAUAACUGCCUAAUGCCUUCUGAUACGGCCUCAUACGAUUUAUCAGAGCUGGGUAGUUUCCAGGUGGGCGGCCAUGUGUCUCUUGCGUUGGAGUUGCGCAACUGUGAAACCGAGGAAUUCACCGCAUCUGAUAAUGGUUUCAACAAACAACGUAACCAGACGUUAGGUUCUUCCCCAGAAAAUAAUCUGAUCGAUUAUCAUUUCACAGAUUCAGGAAAGCAACAAAACAGGUUCAGUAAUCCUCAUCUAAUGCAUGAGUUUGUCGUCUGAGACCCGCAUGCCCAUAAAGAUCCGGGGAGGAAACGAAGUUGAUGCUUUGAGGGAUCGCUGGAAAGGUUGUAUAAUUAGAGUAGACAAAGGAAGCUCAUGUUGUUUACUCUGUUGCUCAUUCUUGUUGCCCCUUGUUCAUAAAGUGAUGAAUAUCACAAAACGUACAAAUAUACUCGUAGAUAUGUGUAGAUAUUCACUUGUAAUAUUACAGAUGAUUGAUUGUAAGUGCAGGCAAUUUUGUAAGGACAAGAAUCACAUCAUGCGCAUGCAUGAUGUGGAAUAAGGAAUCUGAUGGGAUGUUACAAGUACGAUGUGGAACUGUUGGCUUGUUAAUAGAACAUUCUGCAGCCUUUCACGUGUUAAAGCAAUAGUGCACAAAAGAUGGAACGGUACAU